AUGGUGACUCAGAAGGAUGGACGGGUUCAGGCCUUCGCAAUGCAGAUCGUCAAAAUUCUUAAGUUCCUUAAGUUGGAACUUGGUGAAGGCGAACCGCUCCCACCAAACAACAUUCUCAACUCCGAGUCAAUGAGUGAGAAGACCAACAAACCGGUUAAGCCGAAGUCUUCCAGAACGAAGUCCUCAAAAGGGACCAGUUCUUCCGCUCCGGCUGAAGAAAGCUCCAAGCCAGAAAAACCGAAGAAGAAGGCGGUUGAAGCCGAAGCAUCACAAGAGAAGAAGGGGAGGAAGAAGUCUUCCGCAAAGAAGAUCUUCAGCAAACCAGCUGACUCCGAGAAAACCCUUUCCUCGGACAAAUCACCGAAGAGAACCGGAGACGUCUUCCAACCCAUUCCCAUCAACACCGUUCGCCCCAUCUCUGUUGACUCUCAAUCACCAAGCAAAAAUAUCGACGAGGUAAUAGCCGACAUAGGCUUAAACACCUCGGAAAUCAUUGUGGGCGUAGUCCAAAAUAUUGCUAGAGAAACCGAAGACGAUGUGUCAAGUUGUCUAAAGUCAGCUGAUCAAGGUGAAAUACCCGAUCAAAGUGAAAUUCAACCGGUCGAAGAAACGGCCAAAACUGAGAACAUCACACCUCCGGCUCAGGAGGGCAACUCUGAAAAACAGGAACCAUCCGGUUCCGCAGGAAACAAGUCCAAUCCAAAAGAUACAACGACCCAAUCGGCCUAA